AGCAUGCGCGCGUGCCUCUCGGCUCUCUGCGGGUGACACAUGGAGUGGCAGUGACUCCGCUCUCAGGGCUGAAAUUUGAAAACGGGACGAAAUUCGGCUUCGGUUUUGCAAUGAGAGCCGAAGAGAGCGAGAAUGGAGAAAACUCGGCUAACUCGCAGACUGAGAUGCUGAUCAACCAGCUGAGGGAGAUCACUGGCAUCCAGGAUCCACAGAUUCUCUGCAGAGCAUUGAAAGCCAGUCGCGGUGACAUCGGACAUGCCGUUGGACUUCUGACGAGCCAGCCAGCAGAGGUUAAGGAUGCUGGGGGACCACAAGAGUCCGGGUCGUCGGUGGGGACCUGGGAGGGACAGAAAGGUGUUCAAGAUGAACUCCAAACGGCCAUCGAGCUGAGCUUGCAGGAAUCCCACAAGGCUCAGGAAGAGGAGCGAGAAUUCCAUCGGGCUCUGGAGGCCAGCGCUGAGGAGAACUCCACAAGAAGUAAAAGAAAGCGAUGUGAGGCCCAGAACGACAUGAGCAGCCCCGCAGACUGGAUCCGCAAGGACGACUGGCCCGUCGGUAUUCGCAACGUGGGCAACACCUGCUGGUUCAGCGCUGUUAUCCAGUCACUGUUCCACCUGCCAGUGUUUAAAAGGCUAGUACUCAACUAUCGACUAUCGGAGCAAAUCUUGGACAGAUGUAAGAGCCAUGCGGACAAGAGGAACAUCGCUUUCAUGCAGGAGCUGCGCUGCCUCUUCGCCCUCAUGGUAGGCUCCACACGCAGGUUUGUGGACCCUUCUGCUGCCGUGGAGCUGCUGCGAGAGGCUUUUAGGACCAGCGAAGCGCAGCAGGAUGUGAGUGAGUUCUCUCAUAAGCUGCUUGACUGGUUAGAAGAUGCCUUUCAAUUGGCUGCCAAUGGAGACAACUCAACAGACAAGCAAAACAAUCCCAUGGUCCAACUUUUUUAUGGCACCUUCGUGACCGAGAGGAAGCAUGAAGGUAAAAUCUUGUAUAACAUUGAGCAGUUUGGACAGUACCCUUUGCAAGUGAAUGGCUUCAAUAACCUGGACGAGUGCCUGGAAGGGGCCAUGGUGGAGAGGGAAAUCGAGUCGCUGCAUUCUGAACACAGCGCUCCAUCCGGUCGAGAGAGAUGGUUCAAAAGGUUGCCACCAGUUUUGACAUUUGAGCUUUCCCGAUUUGAGUUCAACACACAGCUUGGGCGGCCUGAGAAGAUACACAAGAAACUGGAGUUUCCGCAAAUCAUCUAUAUGGACAGGUACCUUCACAAAAACCUGACGUGUACACAUGAGAGAAGAGGAGAAGUGAAAAAAAUGAAGGAACAGCUUGCAUCUCUUCAACAAAAACUGGAAUGUUAUAAAAACUACGGGUCAGGACCCAGCAAGUACCCUCUAGCUGACAUGCUGCAGUUUGUCUUGGAGUUCGCCACCACAAAGCCCUCUGCAGCUUUCACCACUGAAGAUGCCCAACCGGUUUCUUCUUCACCAACUCCUCCUUGCCACCAGCUCAGCGAAACCGCCAGUCAAGAGGACGGUGAUCCAGCAGGUACGGAGGAGGAGGACGGCCUUGUGUCCAGCUGUCAACGUACCCCCAUAUACAAGCCUUUCACCCAGUGCCGACACCCCGCCGAGCGUCCGCCUCACCCGGCCCCACACAGCAUCACCGAGGAGGAGCUGCACUUUGUCAAGGGCUGCCUUCAGCGAUGGAGGACCGAAGUGGAGAAUGACAUCAAUGAGCUAAAGGCCAACAUUGACAGACUCAGUCAGACACUGGAGGGCGUGUACUCAGACGACAGUCUCUGCCAGGUGCCCUACAGACUCCAUGCGGUGCUGGUCCACGAAGGUCAAGCGUCAGCAGGCCACUACUGGGCAUACAUUUAUGACCAUGCCAACCAGCGCUGGAUGAAGUACAAUGACAUCACUAUCACAGAGUCUUCGUGGGAGGAGCUGGAGCGGGACUCUUUUGGUGGCAUGACCAAUGCCAGCGCCUACUGUCUCAUGUACAUUGAUGACAGGCUACCCCACCUUAUUACUGAACACACAGAUGAUGAAACAGGGCAGGUUCUGCACGGCAUGGACUCGCUACCACCCGUUCUGAGACGCUACGUGCAACAAGACAACUGCUGGUUCCAGCAGGAGCUCAGCGAGUGGGAGGAGCAGCUCUGCCAGGCGGCGGCCGCUGCAGCAACGCCACAGGGCGAGGCCACGCUCUCCACCGUCGAGACCUGUGACGCCGGCGCGGACCACGACGGUCACCUGGCCACGUCACAUGAAACUGAGGAGCCGGUCCAGGGAGCUAAUUCUUCAGAACCGCAAGCUGAGGCACAGAUUGAUCCUGAACCAGACUCCGAAGAGCCACCAGAAGAAUCCGAAAAACCACUACUGCCUCAGAGUUCCGAGUGCCAGGCAGAUGACGGCGAGCCCGCCACCAGCGCCCCCCCUCAGCCCGACGAGUGUUCCGACACCCCAGCGGCUGAGAAGGACCCUCAAAGUCAGGCUGCUGCUCCUGAAGUUGAGUCCGACAGCAACCAGCUGCCAUCAGACCUCUCAGUGGAGGAGAAAGGAGACACAAAUGCGAAGGAGGAGGAAGUAGAAGUGGUAGAAGAAGUUCAAGGUGACGCCGAGGCGUCCCCCGAGGAACCUCCUCAGCAGGAAGCCGAUCGGGACAUAGAGGAGCGGCAAGUGCCCACCAGACGGCGGCAGGCUGAGAAUGAGGUGUCCGAAGUAGAGAUUCCCAAUGUGGGCAAGAUUAUGGUGAGGGCGGAUGCUGAUGGAUACAAUGAAGAGAUGAUGUUGACACCAGCCAUGCAAGGUAUCAUUCUCGCCAUAGCAAAAGCCAGACAAGCAUUCGACUCAGAGGGGCCCGAGGCCGGACUCAUCAAGGCAUUCCACGAAGAAUAUUCGCGCUUGUACGAGCUUUCUCAGGAGGAGACCACGCCGAGGGAGGACGCGCGACUGCAGCACGCCCUGGUUUACUUCUUCCAGAACAAAGCGCCCAAACGCGUCAUCGAGCGGACGCUGCUCGAGCAGUUCACUGAUCGCAACCUCAGCUUUGAUGAGAGAGCCAUCAGUAUUAUGAGGGAAGCCCGAGCUAAGCUGCGCCUCAUCAAACCGGAGGACAUGGACAUGGAUGAGUACCUGCAGUGGCAUGAUGACUACAGAACAUUCAGGACCGUCUUCGUCUACCUGCUGACCGGACUGGAGCACUACCAGCACGGAAAGAUACGUGAGGCUCUGACCUACCUGGCCCACGCCUAUGACGCCAACGCCGCCCUCCUUAGGAGUGGGGAGAAGCGUGGCGUGGACACAUCUCUUAUUGCACUUUACAGGAGGAGGUGUCUCACAACACUGAACGAAAGCGCCACGCGGCUCUUCGCCAGCGGCGAUGAGAGCAAGGUGGAGGAAGGCGUGGCCAUCAUGGAUGAGGUGGUCAUCCCCUGCCUACAUUUGAUGAGCCGUGAGACGCCGCUGUCGCAGGAGGACCGCGACACCAUGGAGAACAUCCGCAGCCAGUGGUGUUGCUGUCUUGGACAGGACAUGGAUGACUCGCUGCAGAUGAAACUUGGCGAGUUCCUGCCUCGCGUCCUGGACUGCUCGGCCGAGACGGUGGUCCUCAAAGACCCGCCCAAGGUGCACGUGAACCAGGCUCACGACCUGUGCAGUCGCUUGGCCGCCGUCAUGGAGUCUAUACGCAACACUGCCGUGGUCGCCGUCAAGUAACGUCAACAAAAUGACUUUGAAUCCACGCGAGAUGGCUGGCGGCCGGCCAGCUUGAGACUUGUGUGUCAUUUGCUCCGCACGUGUGUCGCUCUGUAGCCGGUUAGACUUAGCAAGCAGCCAUUUUGACACGGAAUCUCACUCGGUAAGGGUGAAUGAAGAUACUGUAGAUUGAUCGAUUUUGUGAAAUUGAUUGUUGAUUUAUCAUCUUGAAGCACUUAACCCAUAUGUCUGAAUUUACUUUGAACAAAUAUAAAGCAUUGGAGGAAUACCCAAGUAGAUAAAAAUAAUUUGGCUCUCAUUGCCGACGCUAGACGUCCAAUACAUUUUGACUGGGAGUGGGCGAAUAAACACAUGAAUUACAUGAUAAAAAGAUAUUUUAAAAAUGUGUUUGUUUGUUUUUUUUUUAAUUUCAUACUGUUUAAUAUCCCUUAAGGUUUUUUUUUUUAUUUAAGAUUUUCCAAUUUAAUUUGAAAAAUAUAUAUUUUAUUCAUUUGUCAUGUACCAGUGUAUUCGACUAAUACUUUUGUAUUGUAUUGUGUGUUAAAUGUAAAUUCAGGCAUCAAGGAGUUAAUCAAUGAUUAAUUUUUCCCAAUUAAUCGAUCAGGAAAACAGUCAGUACUGCAGGAAGUGACACAUGAGUAUGAUUGUGUGAGCGCACGACAACAAGAAACAUUUGUUUUUCUAAAUAUGUAUUUUGUAUUAUUACUUUGUAUUUUUCCAGUGCAGACUUUGCUAAGUCGAAUUACGUAGGUGAAACUCCAAAAGUAAACAUUGUUACUGAGAGAUCAUUAGAGGAAGUGCAAUAGAGUCAUUCAAGAGGCCGAUUUUUUUUUUUUUUUAAACCAUUAAACCACCAAAAUGCGUCUGGCACAUCCAUGACGUGAAUAAAUCUUUUCAAAUGAGAUUUUCAAGUACAAAAACUUGUUUGUAUCUCAUGUGCCACUGAUAGCACCAUCGCCUCUUGGCUCA